GGAGGGAGGGGUCGGGCGGGAGGAGAAGAAGGUGGGAGGAGGACCGGGAGGGAGUGGGAGGGUGGCGGCUCCCUCAGGACCCGGCGGGGACUGCGCGAUGAGGAGGGUGACCCUGUUCUUGAACGGCAGCCCCAAGAAUGGAAAGGUGGUUGCUGUAUAUGGAACUUUGUCUGACUUGCUUUCUGUGGCCAGCAGUAAACUCGGCAUAAAAGCCACCAGUGUGUAUAAUGGGAAAGGUGGACUGAUUGAUGAUAUUGCUUUGAUCAGGGAUGAUGAUGUUUUGUUUGUAUGUGAAGGAGAGCCAUUUAUUGGAUACAAAGAAUCUUUAAAAGAUCCUCAGACCGAUUCUAGACCAGCUGAAGGGCUGUUAGGAUCCCACACAGACUGGCUAACGUUAAAUGUCGGAGGGCGGUACUUUACAACUACACGGAGCACUUUAGUGAAUAAAGAACCUGACAGUAUGCUGGCCCACAUGUUCAAGGACAAAGGUGUUUGGGGAAAUAAGCAGGAUCAUAGAGGGGCUUUCUUAAUUGACCGAAGUCCUGAGUACUUUGAACCUAUUUUGAACUACUUGCGUCAUGGGCAGCUCAUUGUAAAUGAUGGUAUUAAUUUGCUGGGUGUGUUGGAAGAAGCCAGGUUUUUUGGAAUUGAUUCACUGAUUGAGCACCUGGAAGUAGCAAUAAAGAAUUCUCAACCACCAGAGGAUCAUUCACCAAUAUCCCGAAAAGAAUUUGUCCGGUUCCUGCUAGCAACUCCUACCAAAUCAGAACUGCGUUGCCAGGGUUUAAACUUCAGUGGUGCUGAUCUUUCACGUUUGGACCUUCGAUAUAUUAACUUCAAAAUGGCCAACUUAAGCCGCUGCAACCUUGCACAUGCAAAUCUUUGCUGUGCAAAUCUUGAGCGAGCUGAUCUUUCUGGAUCAGUGCUUGACUGUGCAAAUCUCCAGGGAGUUAAGAUGCUCUGUUCUAAUGCAGAAGGAGCAUCCCUGAAACUGUGUAAUUUUGAGGAUCCGUCUGGUCUUAAAGCUAAUUUAGAAGGUGCUAACCUGAAAGGUGUGGACAUGGAAGGAAGUCAAAUGACAGGAAUUAACCUGAGAGUUGCCACUUUAAAAAAUGCCAAGUUGAAGAACUGCAACCUCCGAGGAGCAACUCUGGCAGGAACUGACUUAGAGAAUUGUGACCUGUCUGGGUGCGACCUUCAAGAAGCCAACCUGCGAGGCUCCAACGUGAAGGGAGCCAUAUUCGAGGAGAUGCUGACACCACUACACAUGUCACAGAGUGUUAGAUGAGAAAUCUGAGGGAAUGCGGGAAGAUGUCCUAGAUGGAAAAUGUUUUUCUUAUCAUUUUUAUUUCUCCACCCACUCAGCUGUCUAGAAGAAAUAGCACUGUAAAGGAAUGUUAAAACCAUUUUAAUGGUUGUGCUUGUUCUCAGCGGUGCAUAAAGGGAAAAAAUGGACUCUUUUGCCACAUUCUGAUUGAACAGAAAAGCACUCCUUUAAUAGAAGUAGGAAAAUUAGAUUGCAUUGCUGCCUUUUGAGUGCGAUGGGAAAGCUGCCUGGCUGUAUGACCAGGAAUAGUGUCUAUUAUAUUUGCUUUUAAACAGGCAUGGUGUGGAAAUGCCAUCUUGAUUUGAGAUGCAUUUGAGGAUUUUAAUUUAUGAAAAGCACAACAUAUGCAAUUAUAUUUAUUGAAUACGUAGAUGCAGUAUGGAUAUUUAAAUUGUUAAACUUUAUGAAAACUUUGAAAAGGUUGUUCAGGUUUAUAAAUAGCUUUAGUGAUGCCUCCCUCUUUUAAAUACUUGUCACAGCAUAUGAAUAUGGUGAGAUCAGAUUGCCUAAGGCUUUCUCUUUUCAGGUUCAUUUUUAUGAUGUUUACUUUCUGGAACAAAAUAUUAGCUAAAUUAAAGGUAUAUCCCAUUCUUACUGGUUGAGACAAUGAAAGGAAAGAUGCCAUUGUGCAUCGUUAGCAUUCUGAAGGUAUACUGGGAUUCCCCAGAUGAAGAAAGUAUUGUUGGCCUCAGCUUUGAAAUAAGCAUUCCUCGGGAUUUCAUCCCAGGCAGGUUCCAUUCAACACUACGCCGUGCAGCCCCAGUUACACAACUGGUCUGCUAGUUUCACAGUCAACACAGAGGAAGAUACUUCAAAGCUAAAAAGCCAAGAUGCAUCAUUAAUAUUCAUUUAAUUCAAAUAGAAAAUAGUUUAAACAGAAUCAGCUUAGUACUAGGUGGUAAUUCUAAAUAUACUACAAUCAAAGCUAUAAGAUGUGAACGGAUAUUGCAAAGUCACCUUUGAGCAGGCAGAAGCCUGAAGUCAGCGGUAGGGAAUGCAGUUUUCUAAACUAUGAGCUGCAUUACAGCUGCUGCUCCAAAUUUAAUCGUUGAAAGUAAAGGUGUUUCGCUGGCCCAUAAUGUAAUACUAGUGACUCCAGUGAGCACCUGUGGUUGUUUUACUUAAGUUUUAUGGUUUUUUUUAAAAUAAAUUUUAGACCUGUUUUUUAAUCAUUCUCUGCAACAACAGAAAUGGGGACUGUACCUGCCCACCAAUAACGUUAUAUCCUUAGGUCUGCCCCAAGAGUAGGAAUACAGCUGGAUCCAAAUGGGCUCUGAAAUCUACAGACUUAUCACCUGGAGGCAAUGGAUCAUUAAAAACCACUUUUGUCUCCUUUGGGAGAAUGACAUAUCUUUAGUAUUUGAGUAGCUUAUUCUUCUAUAUCUACAUAUGCAAAGCUUUCCUGAACAGUAAAGGGUACAUAUGCAUAGUGGGAGGAAAUCAGACCUUUACCAGGGAAGGAAAGCAACUUUAGAAAUGAAAUAUUUUCUUUGCUUUAUUAUUUUUACCAAGACAGAGAAGUAUUGUAUUGAGAGAUAUCUAUUUUCAUAAUCAGUAUGUGCCUAAAUUAUAUUUAAAUCAUUUUACUCAGUACUAUAUUUUCAAUAAUUAUAGAAUGUGUUGUUCAUUCAUUUAAGGGUACCUCUGUAGACAAACGUAAAACUGCACAAGUGCACAAGGAGCUGAAAGAUCUACACACAGUGUGCUUAGAAACUGCAGACGUUGGAGUUAAUGUAUACUACAUUAAUAAACAAUAUGAAAUGUUGAAAAAA